GGCAGCGCCACGCGACUUUGCACCCGCGAAGUAAGUCUUCGGUACAAGAAUUCGAAAGCUUGCUAGGGUGCGAGGGCCUGAAGGGCCGCAAGGCCUCGGCGUACUCGAGAAUCCUCGAGGGCCGGUAACGUGCUCGCGGCGAACGGAAGCGGCGGACCGUCAGCGACCGAACUUUCUUCACAUACAUACUGCACGCGAGAGAGCGCAUCGCGAGCAUCAGAGCAUUGCACACACGUCGAGCAGACGCUCCUCGGCAGGAGCAAAAACAUGGCGAGUUUCGAUGACUAGCGGUAUAUGCUAUUCAGCGCACGAUUCAGCGUGGAUAUUGUGCUCGUAUUGUUAUACUGUUUCUCGCUGAUAAAUUGUGGCAAUUUACAUGAUAGCGCGGACGAUGUUCGUGUGAUUCACCGAUCGAUCGAUCAGGCUUCGUAGCACGGGCAUUUGUGUGAGAACGCUCGAUUUCAUAUUUAACCUUCAACAAAGGAACACAGAGUCUGAGAAGCUAAGAAAAACUAGCGACGAAAGAAACGCUGAGGAAGAUAUCAGGCUUGGAGAUUACUGCGUUGGAAUUGCUAAAACGAAAGUCGCUCGGUUUUAUGACAUUCCAUUAACUGUUACGAGAGCUGACGUCAAGUUGUAUGCGGUGGUAGGUGCCAGGUAGAAGAGAUAUCGUCAUUCGCGAUGUACGGACCACUGUGACCUUUGUAACGAGCAAAUGAUACAUUUCAGAGGCAGAAUUAAGGGUGUUGAGUUUUUGAUCAUGACUCAACAUGUAUAGCUUUGAGGGAGAUUACAGGCGAAAGCCCCAGCAAAAUUUAUCAGGAGCGAGCAGGAGGGAUGAGAAGGCCGUGCUCUUGCAACAUGCGCAGUUGGAGAGAUUGAAGAGGGAACAGCAACGUAAGAAGCAUGUGGCUGCAUUGAAAAUUCAAGCAUAUGUGACGGGGCGUAGGAACUUGACUUUGGAGGAAUUAGUGCCGUAUCUGAGAAAGCUCCUAUUCUUUUAUAAUCAUGCUCUAGAUGCUAACAGACUGAUAUGGAUCCUUCAGCAUUUCCUGAAACAUCAGAAGGAGAUCAAAUUGAAAUCAGUCAAUUCAUUACAAUGGCUAUGGAGAUUGCGGUGGAUCCUCCGCAUCUCUAUGCAGUACAAUAUACAGGCAUUGCCAGAUGGAGCCUACUCCAUGGCGAUACCGUUGCGCGUUCUGGAAGUGUUUACGACGCGGGAAGACACGGAAAGGAUACUACGAGAGAACAGUUACCGACAUCUAGAAAGUAUAUUCGUCUAUUUGAUAAAGCACAACUACUUUGAACAACUGAGGAAAUUGCUGGAUGAGAAAGUGCCGCCUAUGCUGGAGGUGUCGUCGGUCGCGCCGACACCAAUCUCCAAGUGUCUGCUGGAUAUGAUAAAACGACCGUUAGACUUGAUCUCUUACCUCGAUCGUAACGAAAACUUCGCCAUAUUGAUGCUGCAGGAAUUGUGUAGAAGCAUAUUCUGUCCCGGUCUGUCUGAUCCCAUCCGCAUGUUCGUCAUACCAGCAUUGGCGGAAUACAAAGACUUCCCGUACGUCCAACUCAUCAGCUGUAUCAAUCGAUCCAACCUGGUAGCCACGAUAAAUCUGCUUUACUGCGUUUUGUCAUUGGAAUCUAACCAGAUUUCAUCCUGCAAGUCUGAGGACGCGCUGAGGAAUUAUCUGCAAGUGCUCGCGUCGCUCACCUCGACCAUCAUGCCGCUAAUCGCCGAACAGACUAUGAAGCAAGCCGAUGAUUCGGACAACGACGAGUCCAACACUAACGUGAGCGAUCAACAGCAAACGAACGUGACACGAUCACUCGAGAUGCUGAACGAGCAGCAACGUGUAAGCGGCAUAUUAUCAGCGGUGGACCGUUUCUGGGACCCUGCGGCCUUGCUGCAGCCACUGUGCGAGCUCUGUCAUCACUUGUUAAUCAUCGACAAGCUGGCGGUCCACAAGUACAAGCUGCUCUACACUCUCGCUUUCAAGCCUAUGUUCCUCAAGCAUCUGUGGACGACUCUGCUGUCAGUCUGCCAGAUAUCGCUGUUCGGCGGCGCCACGCCACUCCUGCAAAUCAUAUCGCGUGGCAUCGCUCUCUCCGCGGAAGACACUGACAGAAUAGUACCGUUGCUAGCGGUGUUCUGUUCGCUGUUUAGCUUGCUGAUCGCGACCUUGCACGACACCGAGUUCUUCGUCGAGCACUCGUCCGCGGAAGAGACGUCGGACAGUGGACGGCAACAACAGCACCAACAGCAACAGCAAGCCAUACCAUUCACCACGUCGGAGUUGGUUGUGUUGUCGAGUCACCUAAAAGGUGUCUGCCUAGGUCUGGUGGAACUAGCAUUUCCCGAUACUCGACCGACAGUACGUGACGACUACAAGAACGCAGUGUUGGGCCCUGCGUCAACUGUUCAGAGUCGACACGAUACGCAAAUCUGGACUCACUUGUUCAAGGUGACGGUAGGACUUCUUCGACAGCUGCACACGCGCGAUUUGCGGCGUCAGUUUUGUCCAGACGGUCAUUGGAUAGCGUCGAACGUGAUGAUUCCCAUCGACAAGCCGGAAGACUUUGCAUUCCGCAGACGUAGACUACGAGGAUAUGUUCCUUUCCAGAGUCUGCGAGCUUUCACGAGAGAGGAGCUGGAGGAGGGACCGCCGUUGUCCGCCAAGGAAGUUCGUACACUGACGCUGUUGCGUGAGAUACCCUUCGUCGUGCCGUUCAAUAAUCGAGUGGUAGUGUUUCAGUCGUUGAUCUACAAGGAUAAAGCGGAACAGCAGGGCGAAGUGCCUCAUUUUAUGCUGCCGGCCAUACAAAUUUCCGUCAGGCGGAAUUACCUGUACGAGGACGCGUUCGAGAAGCUCUCACCGGAAAACGAACCGGAAUUGCGAAUGAAGAUGCGAGUGCAACUCGUCAAUACCGCCGGGCUCGAGGAAGCCGGCGUCGACGGUGGCGGUCUCUUUCGCGAGUUCCUGUCCGAGCUGCUGAAGACAUGUUUCGAUCCGAACCGAGGCUUCUUCAAGCUUACCAAGGACAACAUGCUCUACCCGAACCCCACGGUUCAACUGUUGUUCGACGACUUCCCCAAGCACUAUUACUUCAUUGGCAGGAUCCUCGGUAAGGCGUUGUACGAGAAUCUGCUGGUGGAAUUGCCGUUCGCUGAGUUCUUCCUGUCGAAAAUUGUCGGUCGACAAUCCGACGUAGACGUGCAUCAUUUGGCCUCCUUGGACCCCAUCAUGUAUCGCAAUCUGCUGUAUCUGAAGAGCUACAAGGGCGAUGUGGCUGAUCUCGGGCUGGACUUCACUGUGUUGUCCGACGAGCUGGGCGAGAGGCGAGUGGACGAAUUGAAACCCAGCGGUGCCAAUAUUCCCGUAACUAAUCACAAUCGCAUCGAGUACAUCCACUUGAUGGCCGACUACAAGCUGAACAAGCAAAUCCGCGCUCAGUGCUAUGCGUUCAAGCAGGGCAUAGGCAGCGUGGUUCCGCUCGAUUGGCUGCAGAUGUUCAACAACAAGGAACUGCAGGUGCUAAUAUCGGGUGCACAGAUCCCCGUGGACGUCAACGACCUUAUGCUGCACACCAACUACACGGGAGGAUACGCGUCCGACCACCCGACUAUCACUGCCUUCUGGAAAAUCGUCAACGAGUUUAAUGAUCAGCAGAAGGGCCAAUUGUUGAAGUUCGUCACCAGUUGCAGUCGUCCUCCUCUCCUGGGAUUCAAGGAACUCGACCCGCCGUUUUGCAUCCAGCACGCCGGUAUCGUGGACCGUUUGCCAACCUCGAGUACCUGUAUGAAUUUAUUGAAGCUUCCCGAGUUUCCGGACGAAAAGACUCUGCGCGAGAAACUUUUGUAUGCGAUACAGGCGGGCGCAGGCUUCGAGCUCAGUUAAAUCUAUCAAUUUACUUUGUUGCCGCCUUCGUCAACGACUUCGUUUGUUCGACCUCAUUGUAAAUACGACCCUCAAACUCCGAGUACACCAGCAGUAGAAGAGGCGAGGUAUCCCCGUAGAUGUUAUCGUUUUCUUUUUCUCUACUUUGCAAAAAGACUCAGAGUAUUCGAGGAGACCCAAGCGCGCUGAAGAUGUUAAUGUUAACAGGAGGGGCCAAUUACUAAGUUAUGAUAUCUACGGAGAUCUUUACCGAUACACUAUUUGCAAUUGUGCCGUUUGUAAAGAAGAAAAGAAAAGCCGAACAAAGAACGCAGUGUCUAUUGUCGUGAUACACGUGCGUGCAUGUGUGUGUGUGUGUGUGUGUGUGUGUGUGCGCGGAUAUUUUUUUCAGUUCCGACUUUUCCACCUUUGGCCUACAACUGUAAAUUCUGUAUAUUUCGAUGUUUUAUAUAUUUCACCAUGAAUGUGUCUCUACGACUUAUUAUAUCCGCUUGGAGAGCGAGAGCAUAGAUAUAUGUAUGUAUUUAUGAGAUAACGUUAAGUCAGUGUAAAUAAAAUAUCUCGAAGUUGAACGCGUUGAACCUUAAUCGUAUUGUUCGCGCGAAGAAUCACAACCCCUCUCGUCUCAUCGGAUUGCACUAUUCACAGCAUUGGGCACAGUGUUGGAGGCAUUUAUUCCCUCCGAACCUUUUGCGCGUGUCAAUUUACGUCACGCGUGUAACUGCUUAUCAUACUCGUACCUAAAUGGAAUAUUGGGGGUUUCUGUGCGGUAUUUAUUGUGCCGCAUAAAUCCGCAACUCUGUAACUCAAAGCGUACUCAAGAAAAUUAAGAAAAACUAAAUUUUUGGUAGCCCCGUACUUUUCGAAUUU